AUGCUUUCCCAAAGCGACUUCAGCCAUUUGGACGCAGCAGCAACAGCUUUGACAGAUAUCUUCUACAUGGAAAACAUCCACCACAUCUUCAUUGGCGGAUAUGCCACGGGUCUCCUUGGAGGAGGCCGAGUGACCGAAGACAUCGACCUUGUCGUGGACAAAAAUUGCCGCAGCCUUUUGCUACAAUAUCCGGACAUCACAGAGAGCGAGGAUAACCGAUUGGUGUACCGUCACUGUGGCACCAAAGUUCACAUCGAUAUGGAGGUCGUGGGAAAUGCACCAUGGACCCCAAACCCCAGGAGCACCAAGGUUUACAAUGUGGCCCCGACGGACUGUCCAGAGCGUCGAUUGCGUUCUACGAUGCCUAUCCUACACCCUUCUAUUCUUUUGUUGACAAAGCUCUUGCCCUGGAAGGAGGCUGAUCAGGCGACACGUGUCGCCCGCCACAUGAGGGCACGCACUGACCUCCUCGACAUCCAUACCAUCCUUCAGUGGCUUUUUGAUAAGGAUUCCACUAUCGAUUUCUCCGGCUUCCCAGCUAUGCCCCGAGGCAGGCUUAUGUGUCUCAUUGGUAGGCUCUACAGAGUCGAGAAGCGGACACGUCCAUACCUCGCCCUCACCAUGUCGCCGGAGGAGAUGCGGGAUGUUCUCACGGCAUGGCUUCAUAUUGAUGUUAUGAGCCCACACACGCGCUCAUGGCAUAUCCCAGACCCUCGAACAACGGAUAUCUACAAUGUGAAUCCGAGGAUCCCCGAGGAUCGCCCAGAGCUCCGGCUGAACACUUCGAUUCUGAUCGUUUAUCCCUCGGUCCUGGUGCUCACAAAGUUGAAAUGUUGGAGCACAGCCGAGAUGGUCACGCGACAAGCCUACCACCAACGAACGCAUACGGACCUAGCCGACAUAAUGACCAUCAUACGAUGGCUGGCUGAGCACAGGAUGAAUAUCAAUUUUGCGGGCCUUUCACGCGUUCCCAAAGGCGACCUGUUAUCGCUCCGGGCAAAGCUGUACUGGACGCAAAAGGAGAUGCGUCCACACCUCGCGGCGAAACUUACACCCGAGGAGCUGCGUGAGGUGCUUAAUACCCGACUCUCGGACAAUGAAGUCCGAGCCCUUUGGGACAGUCACUUUCAUUAG